AUUAAAGUGACGCUUAGGAGCAGACUCGUGGCUGAGCCAGCUUCUUAUGAGCUAAUUUGAUCUCUUAAUUUCUCACAAAAUUACAAUACAGAUCUGUCCAUUCAUAGGACAUUAUGAUGAUCACUUGACUGACACUUAAACUCCUGCGUUGUUGAUGUGGCCAUGAAGUCCGUCAGAAACCUGUCUUGUCUCGCCUUCUGUCUGAGUAUACUGCUGGCAGUGUGUCUACUCGGCUCAGCUGCCUCUGACAGUAACAGUCUGUGGGGUAAGAAACUGAAGUUCAUAGGUCGUCCUUGUUUGUGGCAGCUACACCCAAACACUGCCGUACCAGCCCUUAAUGAGCUGACUGUAUGCAUACUUUUACGCCUUGAGCUUUUAACAGAAUGGACAGGUUUUGACUACAAAGCACCAGGGCAAAGAAGCAUAGAGCUGGGACUUCAGGGCAAAGGUCAAAAGGGAUCAGUAUGGCUGUUUGGAAGAAAAGUACCCUUGACAAAGGAACUCAAAUCAGACAAAUGGUACUCUGUUUGUGUCACCUGGUCUGGACGAGCUCAGAGGCUACGAGUCUACAUCGAUGGAGACAAGGAGCUUGAGGUUUCUGUGGCUCCCCUCUCGCCCCAACAUCUGGCCCCAAAUGGCACUCUCACUCUGGGGGUGUCUCAUUAUGUAUUAAACAGUGAGGUGCAGGAGGAGGAUGGGAAGGGUCUGUUUGGCGACAUUGGUCUGUUCAGGAUGUGGGCGAGAGAACGGAGCGCCGAGGAAAUUAAAGAAAAUAAUUGUUCUGAUGGAGAUGUGGUGAGCUGGGACUUGCGACAAUGGAAAUACAACUGCCCUCCAGAGCCGGACAGCCAUCUACACUGUGCAUGGUCACUGUACAAAAUCAAAAUGUGGACAUUCUUGGAUACCUCUCUGAAGGCUGGAAAAUGUCCUAUGUCGCUGGAGGAAGUCGCGAGAAACUGGCUGGAGAACAUUUUCCCUCCAAGGAUUUCUGUCCGUGAAGUCUUUGUGUCAUCUCCAAGCAGAAGCUGCCAUGGGGUUAAUAAUUUUUCAGCUCUGCAUGUGGAACGACCUCAGGCAUCAUUGGCAUCCUCCGCCUGUGAUAACUGUUUCAGCUGUGAAGUCUAUGUGAACGUGGAUCCUGCUGUUAAUGUGGACGUGGUUCAGGCAAACAUCACUGCUCUGCUGAGUGGGAACUACUCUUCUGACUUCCUCAACCUGACAGCUGACCCUUAUAGCAUCAGCGUCCUACCUGUAGAGUCUUUCCCUGAAGUGACAAAACCAACUCCGACUGUCAUCACUGAAUUACCUACAUCAGGCGAACCAACUCCGACUGUCAUCACUGAAUUAACUACAUCAGGUGAACCAACUCCGACUGUCAUCACUGAAUUAACUACAUCAGGUGAACCAACUCCGACUGUCACUGAAUUCAUCACUGAAUUAACUACAUCAGGUGAACCAACUCCGACUGUCAUCACUGAAUUAACUACAUCAGGUGAACCAACUCCGACUGUCACUGAAUUCAUCACUGAAUUAACUACAUCAGGUGAACCAACUCCGACUGUCAUCACUGAAUUAACUACAUCAGGUGAACCAACUCCGACUGUCACUGAAUUCAUCAAUGAAUUAACUACAUCAGGUGAACCAACUCCGACUGUCAUCACUGAAUUAACUACAUCAGGUGAACCAACUCCGACUGUCACUGAAUUAACUACAUCAGGUGAACCAACUCCGACUGCCAUCACUGAAUUAACUACAUCAGGUGAACCAACUCCGACUGCCAUCAAUGAAUUAACUACAUCAGGUGAACCAACUCCGACUGUCAUCACUGAAUUAACUACAUCAGGUGAACCAACUCCGACUGUCAUCACUGAAUUAACUACAUCAGGUGAACCAACUCCGACUGUCAUCAAUGAAUUAACUACAUCAGGUGAACCAACUCCGACUGUCAUCAAUGAAUUAACUACAUCAGGUGAACCAACUCCGACUGUCAUCACUGAAUUAACUACAUCAGGUGAACCAACUCCGACUGUCAUCAAUGAAUUAACUACAUCAGGUGAACCAACUCCGACUGUCAUCAAUGAAUUAACUACAUCAGGUGAACCAACUCCGACUGUCAUCACUGAAUUAACUACAUCAGGUGAACCAACUCCGACUGUCACUGAAUUAACUACAUCAGGUGAACCAACUCCGACUGUCAUCACUGAAUUAACUACAUCAGGUGAACCAACUCCGACUGUCAUCACUGAAUUAACUACAUCAGGUGAACCAACUCCGACUGUCAUCAAUGAAUUAACUACAUCAGGUGAACCAACUCCGACUGUCAUCACUGAAUUAACUACAUCAGGUCCAACUGAAAGCCUGCCAGCUCGACCUGGCAACAUGUCAACGACUAGAGAGCCUCUAGAUCUCAAUGAAACCAUCGUUGGGCCAGAUUUGUUCUUCAGAGUUGAUCUGAACUUGAAUAUUACAGGCAGUCCUACAAAUCCAAAGGGUGACAUAACGACAUGGGUGAAAAAUCAGCUGGAGGUGAAUAACAGUAUGAUUGUACUGAACCUCAUCAUAGAAGAGGUUAAUGGCAGGUACAUGGAGCAGUACAAUGGACACAUGAUUUUGAACGGCCAACAAACACAAUAUAACUGUACCUUCCAUGUUCAGGAAUUCAACAUGAACAGUGUGGAAAAUAAUAAAGCUCUAAUCCAUGCCGCACUGACGUCAAAGUAUGAAAAUGGAUCAUUUACUAUACAAACUAUUCACUUAGUGAUCAAGCAUAUAGUGCCAGAAAACUGCUUAGAGGAAACCACUUUCACAAUCUUUGGAGAAUAUAUUUGGCCUGAAGCAUUUCCAGAAGUUACCCAGGAAAUGGGAUGCAAGAAGCCAAAAUCAGAAAGAGCCUCCAGGCUUUGCAAGUUAGACAUUGAAACUGACCGGACCAGCUGGUCUGUUCCUGAUAUGACAAAUUGUAAACCAAUUGUAACCAUAUCAGACUUGGAAAAUAUCAAUGUCACUACUGGUAACGCGGAGCAGGUGGUGGACAUGAUUCAGGACCUUGUAAGUAAUCAGUUAGAAAACAAUACAGAGCUAUUUUCCGCUGAUCUGGAUACAGUUGUGGACAAGCUCGGUGAAGUGGUUGAUGCCAGUGUCGUCAUACCCGCUGUUGGUGCAGAUAUUGUCAAUAUUGUUGCUGAUAUCCUGCUUUCCAAAACUGACAUCACUCCUGUGGCUAGCAUUGUCCUAAAUCUAACAGAGAGAAUGGGUAACAAAAUGGAUUUCCAAGAUGAAUCUGUCAAUGUAACAGCACCUUCACUGGCCCUGUCCAUGGUCAAUGUAGACCCAGGUGACUUCAGAGGCCUCACCUUUGGUGUGUCCUGCACUUCUCCAAUCCUAAACCCAAAGAUUUUUGUCAACCAGAACUUUGUGAGUGAACCACUCCCUGACACAGAUGCGACUAUCGCUUUGCCCCCUGCCCUCCACGACCUUUUUCUUCCUGGAAAGGAUAAUAAAACUCGUAUCCAGUUUCAGUUCUAUGGCACAGAAAAACUUUUUCAGGAUCCAGACCUCAACAAUGGAGCACAGAGUAGCUUGGCAUUGAAUUCAUACAUAGUGUCUGCCAGCGUCAAUGGCAGCCAUGUACACAACUUAAAGGAUAAGGUGGUUGUGACCUUGAACCAUCAAAAACCCAAACAGCAAGAGUUUGAGGUACGGUGUGUGUUUUGGGAUUUCCAGAAAAAUGCCGGGCAGGGAGGUUGGAACAGCGGAGGUUGUGAGACUCAGAGUAUCUCUUCUAAUCAGACCAGCUGCCUGUGUGAUCACCUCACUCAUUUUGCUGUGCUGCUGGAUGUAUCCAGGAGGGAUCUCAGCGAUACUGACAGUCAGAUCCUGACAGUGAUUUCAUAUCUUGGUUGUGGUAUAUCAUCCAUCUUUUUGGGCAUCACUCUUCUCACCUACCUUGCUUUUGAAAAGCUGCGUCGAGACAACCCAUCUAAGAUACUCAUCAACCUGUCAGCUGCCCUGCUGGGGUUGAGCAUGCUCUUCCUUCUCAACUCCUGGCUGUCAUCUUUCUCCAACUACGGCCUGUGCAUUGCGACUGGUGCGUCGCUGCACUACUUCCUGCUGGCUUCUUUCACCUGGAUGGGCUUGGAGGCUGUGCACAUGUACCUCGCACUUGUCAAGGUCUUCAACAUCUACAUUCCUUCCUACAUCCUCAAGUUCUGUGCCGCAGGAUGGGGUAUUCCUCUGGUAAUAGUCAGCAUAGUGUUGGCCAUAGAUAAAGAUGCGUACGGAAAUGCUACACCUGAAGAGGCUAAAGUGGCGCUUCAGUUCACUGACCAAUUCUGCUGGCUGCAGAAUGACGUCUUCUUCUACGUGACGGUGGUGGCUUUUUUUCUUCUGAUCCUGUUGUGCAACAUCUUCGUAUUUAUCAAGGUUCUGGUUCAGAUCAGACAGAUGAGGUUCAAUAAGUCAUCAGCAAACAGCCGCACGUCUCUGCAGGACCUGAGGGCGGUGGCCAGUCUUACUGUCCUGUUGGGCCUGACCUGGUUAAUGGGCUUCUUUUCAUUUGGCCCAGGAAGAGUGGCCAUGCUGUACCUGUUCUGCAUCUUCAACACUUCACAGGGUUUCUUCAUUUUUUUGUUUCACUGUCUGAUGAAGGAGAAUGUGAGGACGCAGUGGAGAAUUCACUUGUGUUGUGGACGUUUCAGACCCAAUAAUUACUCAGACUGGAGCCGCUCUGCCACAGGUGGCACUGGUGGUCGCCCCAAAAAGAACAUUCUGGUUAACACUGUCUCAGUGGCUUCUGAUAACACCACCACCAGGAAGGUGACAGAUUCCUCGACAGGAUCAGCACCAAACCACCACCAGAGGGCGUGAGUGGGCCUCCGUGUAUGUCUUGUUUUAAAACGCUGCAUUGUUCAAAGAAGAAAUAAAAUCACUUGUUUUUUUCUAAUACAGUUCAUGCGAGGUUUGCUACCAACUGUCCCUGCAGCAGCUCUUAUAUGCUGUGGCACUGUGCUUGUAAUUUAAGUGUAUCUGCAAUUUCAAUGAUAAUAAAAGCAUUAUUGUUGAAACUU